GUUGUCUCCAUCGCCACACUCUGCCAUGUGCCACUUUCAGGUCUCCUCACACUGCUGGUGUGUUGAAUUUUUUGACAUAGGGUGCUGGCAGAUUACGGGCCUCCCCAUAGCUGCUGCCAGGCCCCUAAUCUGCCAUGGGCCCCUAUAUACCGCCUCCUCAUGCUGCUGCUGCUGCCAGUCCAGAGUCUCUCAUGGGUCCCUGUACGGCCUCCCAUUGCUGCUGUGUCUCCAUCGCCACACUCUGCCAUGUGCCACUUUCAGGUCUCCUCACACUGCUGCUGGUGUGUUGAAUUUUUUG